AUGGCUGUCGAAUCAGAGGUUCACCAUGAGUCAUCUGAAGAAUACGAAGAUGAUGAAGAGGUGCUUGAUACUGAGCACAUAGAUGUGGAAAUGGAAGAAGUUGAUUUCAAGACACAAGGUAAAGAGAGAUGCAAGGAUGCUUUCCUUAACUUCAGUUAUGAUUAUGAAGAUAAUGAAGCUGAUGAAGACAAUGACUUAGUUGAUGAAGAUGAAGAAGGGUUUGGUUCAGAAGAGGAAAUCGAUGACACUGCAGGGGCUAAUGAUCUUGAUUUGGGAGAUGCGGUUGGUGCAGGCUUCCCCAUUCACGACCCAUCAGUUAAGUGGAAUAAGAUGAAGCCCCUUCUUGGUGAAAGGUAUGAAUCACCACAUCAGUUGCAACAAUGUCUCACUAAUUAUGCUAUUAAGUCAGGGUAUAACAUUAAAUUUGCGAAGUGUGACACUGUGAGAUUAACUGCCAAAUGUGGUUCUAAGAUGAAGUCUCAACCCUGCCCAUUCAGAGUUCAUGCUUCCUGGAUGACUCAAGAAAGUCAUUGGACUAGAGGUGGUGUAAGAGGUGGUGUCAGAGGUAGUAGAGGUGGUGCAAUGGGUAGUAGAGGUGGUAGAGGGGGUAAUAGAGGUGGUGCAGUGGGUAACAUAGGUGGUGUAGUGGCUAACAGAGGUGGUAGGGGUAGUAAGAGAGGUGGUAGGGGUAGUAAAAGAGGUGGUAGGGGCAGUAAGACAUCUGUUAGAGUUGAAGGUGGUGGAGGUGCUGAAGUUGAAGGUGAUACAGUUGAAAAUGAGGAUGACACUAUUCCUGAAAAAUAUUUAGUCCAUUUAUGGAAGUCAAUGCAAGAUUUGAAACAAUCAGGGUAUUCAAUUGAAGAAAUUAAAAAUUCACUUAGUCUGACAGAUUCACGUAUGAAACAACUUAAUGAUUACAAUGACACUAUUGAACAAGUUCUUCCUAUGUCUAUGGAAGAGGGGUAUCCACCUCAGACUGAGACACAAGAUGGGGGUGAAGAAAUUAUCCAUGAGACACAACCAGAAAGUGAAGAAGAAGAAGAAGAAGGUGUUAAUGACACCCAGGAAUUACCAGUACACCUUAGGAUUAUAAAAAGAAGAAGGCCUCUUAGAGGAUUGUUGAAAACAAGCUGAAGAAGAUGGGAUGUGUUGGGACUUCUGCAAGUUCAGCAUUGGAGUUGCAUUAGGGUGUUAAGGGUAGUAAGGGUAUUUUGGUACAUAUUUUGUGAAUGCUAUUUUUGUGAAUCUUUUGUGAAUGCUACUUUUGUACAUCUUUUGUGAAUGCCCUUAAAUUACUGAUAGCCAUAUUUUGUACAUCUUUUGUGAAUGCCCUUAAAUUACACAUUGAAACAUUGUGAAUGCCCUUAACAUGGUUGGUAAUGACAUAUUGGAG